AGUCCGCCUUAGCGCCGCGGGCCUGGUUCUCCCCGCUCCCGCGGUCCCCGAGGACGCCGCGUGGGCGGCCGGAGGUUUGCCAAAGAUGAGAGUGACUUUAUCAACGCUGGAUACUUGUGAGAGCUCCUUCACACCUCUAGUGGUCAUAGAACUCGCCCAGGAUGUCAAAGAUGAAACCAAAGAAUGGCUCAAAAACAGAAUCAUUGCCAAGAAGAAAGAUGGAGGUGCCCAGCUAUUGUUUAGACCACUGCUAAAUAAGUAUGAGAAAGAAACCCUAGAAAACCAGAAUUUAUACCUUGUUGGUGCCUCCAAUGUCCGACUGUUACUGGGGGCAGAAGCAGUCGGUCUGGUGAAGGAAUGUACGGACGCUGCCAUGCGGGCCUUCACCUAUGGAACACGCCACAACUUUAAAGGUUUCCAUGAUAACAAUAAUGACUUCCUCACCAUGGCUGAGUGUCAGUUCAUUAUCAAACACGAACUUGAGAAUCUUAGAGCUAGAGACGAGAAGAUGAUCCCUGGCUACCCACAGGCCAAACUGUACCCUGGGAAGUCGCUGAGUAAGUCACUAUCCACUUGCAUCUCUGAGUCUGCUCUUAACUCUGGUUACGACCCAUAAAUCUGGAUUGCUCAGCAAGUUCCUGCCCCGUGAGGAGACUGCUCACGUCUGGCAUCGUGACCCAAGUGUUCCCGCUGCAUGACACUGAAGCCCUGAAGAAGCUGGAGGACACGUGGUACACUCGGUUUGCUCUCAAGUACCAGCCCAUAGACAGCAUUCGUAGCUACUUUGGGGAGACAAUUGCUCUGUACUUCGGGUUCCUGGAGUACUUCACCUUUGCCUUAAUCCCCAUGGCCAUCAUUGGACUGCCCUACUACCUGUUUGUGUGGGAAGACUACGACAAGUAUGUCAUCUUUGCCUCGUUCAACCUCAUAUGGUCCACAGUGAUCCUGGAGGUGUGGAAGCGUGGCUGUGCCAACAUGACCUAUCGCUGGGGGACUCUGGUCAUGAAGAGGCAGUUUGAGGAGCCCCGGCCAGGGUUUCAUGGAGUCCUUGGCAUCAAUUCAGUCACGGGCCGGGAGGAGCCCCUCUACUCGAGCUACAAGAGACAACUGCGCAUCUACCUAGUCUCUCUGCCAUUUGUGUGCCUCUGCCUUUAUUUCUCCCUUUAUGUCAUGAUGAUCUACUUUGACAUGGAGGACUGGGCCUUGAGUCUCCACGAGGACAGUGGGUCUGAGUGGACCAGCCUUCUGCUGUAUGUACCCAGCAUUGUUUAUGCCGUUGUGAUUGAGAUCAUGAACCGCCUCUAUCGAUAUGCUGCCGAGUUCCUAACAUCUUGGGAGAAUCACAGAUUGGAAUCUGCCUACCAGAAUCAUCUCGUUCUGAAAGUGUUGGUGUUCAACUUCCUGAAUUGCUUCGCCUCACUCUUCUACAUUGCCUUUGUCCUGAAGGACAUGAAGCUUUUGCGCCAGAGCUUGGCCACACUCCUGAUCACCUCCCAGAUUCUGAACCAAGUCGUAGAAUCUCUUCUUCCUUACUGGCUGCAGCGGAAGUACUGUGCGAGGGUAAAGCGGAAGGUUCAGGCAUUAAAGUCUGAGGUCGACACAACCUUGUAUGAGCAAGUCCUCCUGGAGAAGGAAAUGGGAACGUACCUGGGAACCUUUGAUGAUUACCUGGAGUUGUUCCUGCAGUUUGGCUAUGUGAGCCUUUUCUCUUGUGUUUACCCGCUAGCAGCUGCCUUUGCUGUGUUAAAUAACUUCACUGAAGUCAACUCAGAUGCCUUGAAAAUGUGCAGGGUCUUCAAACGGCCAUUUGCAGAACCUUCGGCCAGUAUUGGCGUAUGGCAGUUGGCUUUUGAAACGAUGAGCGUUAUAUCCGUGGUCACUAACUGUGCUCUGAUUGGAAUGUCACCACAAGUGAAUGCAGUCUUUCCAGAAUCCAAAACAGACCUUGUUCUGAUUGUGGUGGCCGUAGAGCAUGCACUCUUGGCUCUGAAGUUCAUACUCGCAUUUGCCAUCCCUGAUAAACCACGGCACAUCCAACAGAAACUGGCCAGAUUGGAAUUCGAAUCUUUGGAGGCACUCAAGCAACAGCAAAUGAAGCUGGUGGCAGAAAACCUGAAGGAGGAGUACCAGGAAGAUGGGAAGGAAGCUACCUGAGCUGCACCAUGCUGGCCGUCCUGUCCCCUGUGCUGAAGGACACCUGCAUCACACCUGCACAGGGAGGGGACAGCAGCCUGAACUUAGCCCUGAUGCUGGGCUGUGUGAAGUGGCUAAUAUGCAGCAGGCACACCAAGGUCUAGCUCUGUGGGAAAAGUGGCUGAGGCUCUCUCUCAGUACCUCUUUCCCUGGUGCCUCUCACUCGGACCCUCCCAGGGCCGCACACACCCUCCAGCUGUUUCAUCACUUUGCUCAGGAGCCUCAGCUGCCUUUGAACGUUAUCCCUAAAGAGUCACCAGCUUUCCACAUGACAUUCACAGUAGGUGCCAGUCACUUCUAACCCCAGGGACCCUAUUAUGGGGUGGUGGCUUAGUGUCUGUGCCCAUUAUACCCAUGGUGGGAACCAUGCUGAGGCAGCGGUGGUCGGGGAGUAGGGGCACACCUGAAUCUCCUCCUUGCUUCUGUAUGGUGUUAUGUUGACACUUUGCAACUGAGCUAUUAAAGGCAGCCCUUGGCUCCGA